AUGGAUGUUGUACGCCAUUAUUCUUUGUUUAUCUGACUGGACUGCAGCUCAGAUUUCCUACUCCGUUUCCGAGGAGGUGGACAAAGGCACAGUGGUAGGGAAUCUCGCGAAGGAUUUAAACAUUCAUGCACAGCAACUGGAGGAACGGGGAUUUAGGAUUGUAUCGGGAUACAGUAAGAAAUAUUUCGAGGCUAAUCUACGAACGGGAGCUUUGUUUGUUCAUGAAAGGAUAGACCGCGAAGAGCUUUGUCCCAAUUUACCGAAGUGUUCCUUAAAUAUUGAGGGGCUACUGAACGACCCUAUGAAUAUUUAUCGCAUUGAGGUCAGCAUCCUUGACAUCAAUGACAAUGCACCAUCAUUUCUCGAGCAAAUCCAUGUAUUUAAUAUCUCCGAGUCUUCCUCAGCGGGGGAAAGGUAUCCGCUCCCAGUAGCUCACGAUGCAGACACAGGCAUUAAUUCUGUGAAAACCUACAAGUUAAGUCCAAACGAGCAUUUCUCCAUAGAUGUGAGUAGCGGAGGAGACAGUAUGUCUGCUGAGUUAGUGCUGCACAAAGCUUUGGACCGAGAGAAACAACCCAUAAUUAAACUAACAUUAACUGCUGUAGACGGAGGGAAACCUGCGAGAUCAGGCACUAUGCAGAUUCACGUGAAUGUCAUAGAUGUUAACGAUAACACGCCUUCGUUUAGCAAAACGCUUUAUAAAGUGAGUGUCAGCGAAAAUGUGCCCACGGGUACAACAAUACUCAAACUCAAUGCAACCGAUUUAGACGAAGGUCCACAUUCAGACAUCAUAUAUUCUUUAAUGAAAAGAGGAAAUGUAAACUCUCCUGAAAAAUUUAUUAUCGUGCCCGAAAGCGGUGAAGUCAUCCUUAGAGCAAAUCUGGACUAUGAGGAAGUCAGUGCAUAUGAGUUAAGAGUACGAGCAACAGACCAAGGCGCUUCCCCUCGCAGUGGUUAUUCUAAAGUGCUGGUAGACGUUCUCGAUGUCAAUGACAAUGCACCAGAAAUCUCUGUAACUUCCCUAAUGAGUCCCGUAAAGGAAAGUGCUGAAUUUGGAACAGUCGUUGCUCUGGUUACGGUGACCGAUAAAGACGGAGGGCAGAAUGGCCUCACAACAUGUAAAGUUAAAAAUUCAGUCCCGUUUAAAUUAACGUCAAAUUACAAAAACUAUUACUCACUGAUCGUCGAUGGUCUUCUUGACAGAGAGACUGUACCACUGUACAAUGUAACCAUUACUGCUAACGAUGAAGGCAGUCCACCUCUGUCUAGCACUGCUGUAAUCACUGUGCACAUUUCUGAUAUUAAUGAUAACGCACCUAAAUUCCCAGAAGCCAAUGUUAAUAUUUACGUGAAAGAGAAUAGUAAAGUUGGAGAUAUUAUCGCAAGAACAACUGCACAGGAUGCAGAUGAAAAUGAAAAUGCUAAACUGAGUUAUACAUUAAUGGAUAAUGAUCCAAAAGGAUUCCCGAUUUCAUCAGUAGUAAACAUUAAUUCAGAGACUGGAGAUAUAGUCAGUCUGCAGUCUUUUAACUACGAGGAGCUGAAAACGUUUCAGUUUAAAGUUCAGGCCACAGACUCUGGUCUUCCUCCGCUCAGCAGCAACGUGACUGUCAACGUGUUUAUCCUGGAUGAGAAUGACAACAGUCCCACCAUUCUCGCUCCCUAUUCUGAGCACGGCUCCGUUAACAGUGAGACCAUCCCCUAUUCUGCUGAAGCGGGAUACUUUGUGGCAAAGAUCAGGGCUGUAGACGCAGACUCUGGAUACAAUGCGCUGCUCUCUUAUCACCUCUCUGAGCACAAAGGAAACAACCUCUUCCGCAUCGGAACCAGCACCGGGGAGAUCAGGACUAAGAGGAGAAUGAGUGACAAUGACCUGAAGACUCACCCCUUGCUGGUCUCGGUCUCUGAUAACGGAGAACCCUCCCUGUCAGCUACUGUGUCUAUUGAAGUGGUGGUGGUUGAGAGCACAGCUGAGAUUCAGACUCAGUUCAGACAUGUGCCCAUAAAGGAGGAGAGCUUCUCUGAUUUAAACCUCUAUCUGCUGAUCGCCAUCGUGUCUGUGUCAGUCAUUUUCCUGCUCAGCCUCAUCACUUUAAUAGCUGUCAAAUGCCACAGGACAGACAGCACCUUCAGCAGGUACAGCGCCCCAAUGAUCACCACCCACCCUGACGGGAGCUGGUCUUACUCUAAAGCUACUCAGCAGUAUGACGUCUGUUUCAGCUCAGACACGCUUAAGAGUGACAUGGUGGUUUUCCCCGCCCCGUUUCCGCCUGUAGAUGCGGAGCUGAUCAGUAUAAACGGAGGAGACACGUUUACCAGAACUCAGACUUUACCUAACAAAGAGAAGCGGGGAUUCAGUGUUCGUUGCGUAACGAUGGGAAACGAGGAAUACGCCUGGAUUCAUAUUAUUGCUCUGCUUUGUCUUUGUGACUGGUCUGCUUCGCAAUUAUCUUACUCCAUUUCCGAGGAGGUGAACAAAGGCACCGUAGUGGGGAACAUCGCGAAGGAUUUGAAUCUGAAUGUACAGGAUCUAGAAACCAGGGAUCUACGUAUUGUUUCCAGUUACAGCAAGAAAUAUUUUGACGUGAAUUUACGGACCGGAAAUCUGUUUGUUGACGACAGAAUAGACAGAGAAGAGCUUUGUCCGAACACGGUACAGUGCUUACUAAGAAUACAGGCCGUUGUAAGCAGUCCAAUGACUGCACACCGCAUUGAGAUCAAUGUCUUAGAUAUAAAUGAUAACUCGCCAGAAUUUGUUGAACACUCCUAUUGGUUAAAUAUCUCUGAAUCGCUAUCAGCAGGAGAGCGAUAUCUUCUUCCAAUAGCAGUCGAUGCAGAUACAGGGAGCAACACAGUAAAGAGCUACAAGCUGAGUCAGAAUGAGUAUUUCUCGCUUGAUGUGCAGAGCGGUGGAGAGCACGGUGUGUCUGCUGAGUUGGUGCUGCAGAAAGCUUUAGAUCGAGAGAAACAGUCGCUAAUUAAGCUCAUUCUCACGGCUGUAGAUGGAGGCAAAACGCCUCGAUCGGGAACACUUCAAAUUAAUGUAAAUGUAAUAGAUGCCAAUGAUAACAUACCAACUUUUAGCAAAUCACUUUACAAAGUGCGUGUAAAAGAAAACGCAAAUCCUGGAACACUGGUAAUUAAAUUAAAUGCGACAGACUCAGACGAGGGCAUGAACAGUAAGAUCCUGUAUUCCCUGAUCAGACGGGGAAAUACUGAUCCAUCACAUAUUUUUGAUCUAAAUUCAGAAACUGGAGAAAUUACUGUGAAGGGAACGUUAGAUUAUGAAGAGACGCCUGCUUAUGAGGUCAGAGUUCAAGCCAUGGAUCAAGGCACCUCUCCUCGUAGUACGCACGCUAAACUACUGAUAGAGAUUAUUGAUGUGAAUGACAAUGCCCCAGAAAUAUCAGUGACGUCACUGAUGACGCCUGUCAAAGAAGACGCAGAACUGGGGACAAUAGUUGCUUUAGUUACAGUGAGUGAUAAAGACGGAGGAAACAAUGGAGCAGCUAACUGUAAGGUAGAGGGGUCUGUUCCAUUUAAACUUAAGUCCAACUACAAAAGUGACUAUUCAUUAGUAGUAGAUGGACCACUGGACAGAGAAAACACCUCUCUGUACAAUGUCACCAUUACAGCCACAGAUGAAGGAAGUCCACCUCUGUCCAGCAUCAGGGUCAUUACUGUUCAUGUCUCUGACGUCAAUGACAACGCACCUCGAUUUAUGGAGCCUGUGAUUAAUGUUUAUGUCAAAGAAAACAGUCCAACAGGAUCUGUUAUUUCUACGAUAAGUGCCGUUGAUCCUGAUUUGGAUGGAAAUGCAAAACUCACUUACACGUUGUUAGACAGUUUUCCAAAAAAUAUUCCAAUUUCAUCUGUUGUAAACAUCAACUCAGAGACUGGAGAUAUAGUCAGUCUGCAGGCUUUUAACUAUGAGGAACUGAAAACAUUUCAGUUUAAAGUUCAGGCCACAGACUCCGGUCUUCCUCCACUCAGCAGCAACGUGACUGUCAACGUUUUCAUCCUGGAUGAGAAUGACAACAGUCCCACCAUUCUCGCGCCCUAUUCUGAGCACGGCUCCGUUAACAGUGAGACCAUCCCCUAUUCUGCUGAAGCGGGAUACUUUGUGGCAAAGAUCAGGGCUGUAGACGCAGACUCUGGAUACAAUGCGCUGCUCUCUUAUCACCUCUCUGAGCACAAAGGAAACAACCUCUUCCGCAUCGGAACUAGCACCGGGGAGAUCAGGACUAAGAGGAGAAUGAGUGACAAUGACCUGAAAACUCACCCCUUGGUGGUCUCGGUCUCUGAUAACGGAGAACCCUCCCUGUCAGCUACUGUGUCUAUUGAAGUGGUGGUGGUUGAGAGCACAGCUGACAUCCAGACUCAGUUCAGACAUGUGCCCAUAAAGGAGGAGAGCUUCUCUGAUUUAAACCUCUAUCUGCUGAUCGCCAUCGUGUCGGUGUCAGUCAUCUUCCUGCUCAGCCUCAUCACUUUAAUAGCUGUCAAAUGCCACAGGACAGACAGCACCUUCAGCAGGUACAGCGCCCCAAUGAUCACCACCCACCCUGACGGGAGCUGGUCUUACUCUAAAGCUACUCAGCAGUAUGACGUCUGUUUCAGCUCAGACACGCUCAAGAGUGACAUGGUGGUUUUCCCCGCCCCGUUUCCGCCUGUAGAUGCGGAGCUGAUCAGUAUAAACGGAGGAGACACAUUUACAAGAACUCAGACUUUACCCAACAAAGAGAAGGUAGGCCAUAUGUGCUGA